UUUACACCAACAAGUUCUUGAUUGUGCUCUUAAUAAUAAAUUUCAAUCCAAUUUCAAAUUUACCAUUCAAAAGGAAUUUAAAACUAUAAGGUAAUAGAAUCGAAAAUGCGACAAAUGAAGGAAGUUUUGCAUGGGUUGAAGCCAGUUAGUAUAAUGGUUUUCAUUCAAUUUACAAUUGCGGGAUUGAAUGUCUUCUACAAAUUGGCUGCAAAAGAUGGCAUGAACUUGAGAAUUUUGGUUGCUUAUUGCUGGAUUUUUGGUGCGGCUUUUAUGAUCCCUCUUGCUCUUAUAUUUGAAAGGAGGAAUAGACCACAGCUUACUUGGACUGUGAUCUGCCAAUCUUUUUUCUGCGGACUAUCUGGGCCGAACUUGACAUCGGGAUCAAAACAAGAUCCAGCAUUUGCCACAUCUGAGGUGUCAUUUAGCCAUAAAAUUAGCCAGUCACAUGUAUUCCACAUGCCAUCUAAUCUUAAAAAGACACUAUUACCCUCAUAUGAUUUACUUAACCUAUUUACCUUCUAUUUCCAAAUAAAACAUAGCCUAAGAUUGAUUUUCUUUCAAAAUAAAUUGCAGAAGUUUUCUAAACAUUCAAAUAAUCUUUGACUAAUUUUCAAGAUUCACUAUCCAACCAAAAUUCAAAUCAUUAAGAAAUUGAGUCAGUUUGAAAUUCCCUAUAUAUACAAGUUGUUUAAAGCAAAACAAUCCAUCCCAAUUUUCAUCUCUCAGUUUUAAUAUGAAAAAAUCCAUAAAAGAAAAUAGAGCUGCUAAAUCGAUAAUUUUUCAUGCCGAACCAAAUCCCAGUAACAAAGCAUUUUAUGAGAGAAUGAUAAUUGUCAUUCUCUAUCUAUGUGUUUAUCUAUGCAAGGAAGGGAGAGAAAAGAAUGGAUAGUGGUCACUAGCUUCAAUUGAAAUCAUAUCUCUGGUCCUAUACCACAAAUAGCUUCUAACUUGUAACAACUAUUACCAGAUCUAUUGUGUUGUUGGCUUGA